AUCUGAAAUAAACAAAAUCAACGAUUUGAAUCAUUUUCUAUCUUGAUCGAAAAGAUGGUAACUACAAUUGAACAAAAAAAAAACUCGAAUGAAACAUAAAUACAAAUUCACCUUCUCAGCGGAGUUUUUGCUAUUUUUUCGAUUUGUGUUGAUUCGGCAAUUGGUAGGUCAUUUGAACUAGUGUUUGCACGUUCAAAACUCAUUGUGUUUCCUUUUUCUAUUCACACUAAUUUCUUUUUCUUUGUGUGUGUUCUGAAUGUUUUCACUUAAAUAACACUGUUUCCACUUUUAAAACAUGUAUUUUCUUGUUUAUGUAGGAAAAUUCAUACAUUCCAAAUAACAUAACCUCAUUCCACAAUUAAAAAAAAAUCAGUUUCAGAAAUCAGCUCAUCAAUUAUCACAGUUCAUGGUUUACAGAAUCAGAAAACUUUCAACAAAAUUGCGUUGUAAUCGUUCAAUUUUUAAAUUUCCGAUGGAAAAAACACUCUGCCGUGAAAAUUAGUACAAUUAUAAAAACACAAUCAAUAUUUUCGUUAUUUGCGAUUUGUUAAAAAGUCUUUCCCUCUUAAUUUUGACACAGCAACAAGCAAAGAACACAUAUCAAACGCUAGUUGCAUUCGUUUGUGAAAUACCCACGAAGAACAUCAAAACGUCACACAACGUAUAGAGACGCCAUGUGCGACAGUCUCCGCGGACAUUGACAGUACUACUAAACCCAAGCAGCACAAUCGGCAUUUUGGGACAAAAUCAUUCAAACGAUUUCAAAUGAAAUGUUUUGAAUUUUCGCUCCGAGAAAAGCUAUUGAAAAUUGUUUUUUUUUUCUAGCUAUUGAAAAUUAUUUGUUGAUCGAUAGGAAACUACGUUGAAUUAGUUUGUCAAUAUGGAAAAUUACAAAUUAUUGUAUGUAAAUGCAAGAAUAAAAGCAAAAGUUCCAAAGACGACAAUUUUCUCCAUUUGCAUGGUUCGAUUUUCAUACGUUUUAUAUCUGUUUUUUUUUUUUAAUGUCUUUUUCGAUAAACUCUUUUUUCCAGUAUUAGUUUUCGUUCAUUUUCAGAUUUGAGAUUGUAUUGUGGAAUUUGAUGCCCCUUCAUAAAAUAUUCUAGGUUUUCACUCUCGUUCAUAUCCAUGUUUUAAGCAAGUGUUACAUUCAGAACACCCUAUGUACGGCUAUAUACGGCUAUGAUUUCUCCUCUAGACUAAUAUUUACAGUUUGGAUAAAGCACAUAUGUGCAUAAGCAACCCUCGCUGAAUGCAAAUGAAUUCACCGCUUCCCUUAGUUACUAAUACUAUGGCUUCGUUGUACGCUUUCGAUACGAAUGUGUGCGUGUAUAUGUGUGAGGGUGUCAAUGUGUGAGCUCACAUGUACACAUAAAGUACGUGUGUAUGUGUCGCUUCCUAUUGAAAAUCAUUCUAUUUCUUCCUUAUAAACAGAGAAAGACGAAAGCGGAAAAUGUAUUAGAGUGCUGAGUGAAUCAGUGAAUCAACGUAAUUCUAUUCAUCUUCCUCAGUUUUGCGAAUUUGUUUCUAAUUAGAAAAUAUUUUAGUUGGAUUAAACAAAAAAAAUCAAUCGAAAUUGUGCAAUCAUUUGAGAUUUCUUCUUAAGUUUCAGUUAAUUUUGUUUAUUUUGAAAUUUAUAUUGGGCCAUUUUGAUUGGUGUUUACUUUGUAUUUUCGUGUGGUGUAACAGUACGACGUCCAAAAGAGUGAUUUUUUUCUUUUGUCUCUCUUGUUGGGCGGCCCAUAAAGUUUACGUUACAAUUCCCUUUUACGUUCGUUUCAUCGGUAAAUAAUGAAUUUUUCCGCAUUUGGUGGCCCAUUCUCUGGCAUUCAUCAAUUUGCCGCAAAAUUUGGUCAUGACACACAAAGUGGACCAUUUUCAUCGGCUACAUCAGGCAUGAAUUCUCAGGAUGUGCAUGGCAACCGCUAUCACACAACUACAAAUCACUUCAAUCAAAAUUCUACCUCAGGCUCAGCUAUGCAAUAUGGGCAGAAUCUUUCGAAUGCUUAUAACCAGCCGCAAGGUGAGCAUAAUAAUAUGUUUAGCAACGAUCACAAAGAUGCGCUGAAAACGAAGAUUGAACGAGAUCGUGAAGAUGCUAUCAACCAACAAAUAUUGCAAAAUGUUAAUCAAUCAUGGCAAACAUUGGCCAAUCCAUCGAACACAGUGGAUUAUUCGUCUCAUUUGUUGUCGGCCACGCUGCCCAUUUCCAUACAGCAUUUUCUCAAGUAUUCUGAAUCUAUCAAAAAGGAGUCGUCUGCUCUGAACAACAGCACCAUUGGCAAUGGAUCGACCAGCAAUGGAUUAAAUGGUAAUUUGUCGAGCAUAAAUAAUUCGAUGAGUUCGGCAAACUUAAACUUAAGCGGUGGACUGAAGAACGGCAUCAGCCCAAAUUUGAAUCUGGCUCUGAAUCAAGUAAACGCAAUGCAUUCUCACCACCAACAUCACACAUCGAACAGCAUUUCGAAUUCAUCAAAUGCGGCAACAGCGGCGAACAACACGAACAACGUGUCGAAUCAUGCAGCCGAAAUUAUUGACAGUGUUGCAACUACAACGACUGCGGUAAGCAAUGGCAAGAAGAAGAAGAAGAAAGCACCAAAAGAGAAGAAACCACGACCAAAACCGGGUGAGAUACGUGAAACUAAAGCACUCGAUGGAUCCACGUUGUAUUGCUGUCCCGAAUGCCAAAUGGCUUACCCAGAUCGUAGUUUAAUCGAGCAACACGUCAUUUCGCAUGCCGUCGAACGGCGUUUUGUGUGCGAUAUUUGUAAUGCAGCUCUUAAGCGCAAAGAUCACUUGACACGCCACAAAUUGUCGCACAUUCCAGAUAGACCGCAUGUUUGCAACAUUUGCAUGAAAUCCUUCAAACGAAAGGAGCAGCUCACUUUGCACAUCGUCAUCCAUUCGGGCGAAAAGAAACAUGUUUGCCAAGAAUGCGGCAAAGGAUUUUAUCGAAAGGACCAUUUGCGCAAACACACGCGAUCCCACAUUGCUAGACGAGUAAAAUCCGAAGUAUCAGCGCAGUCGCAGCCAGCGGCUCCGGCUACAACUGUUUCGGCAACCACAACCACAAACGGCAGGCAGGCACAAAAUUCGUCUUCCUGAUCUUCCUACAAAGACUUCUGGUAAAAUUGAUGACACUUUGAUACUCCAUCGAUUUUGGAUGCGUUAGAAACAUUUUGUGCUUUCAGAUCUCAUCGUUGCAUCUUUUACUUUCUUUUUACAUGAUCGAAUUAGUUUAUCGAUUGUCAACGAAUAUGUUUAUUUAUAUUAUUAUCUUAAGUUUAUUAUUAUUUUUCAAUUAAAUAAUUCAUUCAACACUUUAAAUCAGUCAAACUGAUGAAAAGCAAUUAUCAUUUUAAAUGAAUUGAACUGGUUUUAUUUGUGAUUCGUUGUUUUUGUUUUGAUUAUGUGAUUUUUGCUCUCAAUUGGAGAUUUAAAAUGAUCGAAAUGGGAUUUAAUUGAUUAUGAUGAUGAUGAUGAUGAUGAUGGGUUUCAUGCCAAAAUGAGCGCCAGAAGUCUUUUUAAAUACUAGAAUAUGAAUAUGAGUCUUACACAAUUUUACAAGAAACUCAUGCAAUGAAUUUUUGCUAAUUAUUUUUCAUUUUUGAUGCCAUUCGAUCUUUGUACUAUGAUGAUCCAUUAUUUCUUUUUAUUUACAUGUGAUUUUUUAAACGUUCGCUUUCUUUGCUGAUUUGUAUUUUUCGUUUUAUUUUUCAUAUACAAAAUCGUGAAAACAUAUACAUACCCCAUAGGCUUUAGAAUCUUUUUAUGUGUGACUACAUAUAGGUUGUAAAAUUUAAGUAAUACGUAUUUCGUUCGGCAAUAAUACUUGAAGUAGUUUUUGAUGAUCUUUUUGCUUGUCGCGACAAGCAGCGUUUUUUUUUCAUCUUUUGAGAAUAUGAUCCAAAUCUAGUUUCCAACAAACACCCAUAUAGUUUAGGGAUUUGAAAAGAAAACACACAAACUUUCGCCACUUUAAAAAAAACGUAAUUGAAUAAUGAAUACCUUAUAAAAAAAAAGAAAACUCCAUACUGGUUUAAAAUAUGUGCAGAAACGCAGAAAAAGUCUUAUCCAAGAUAGAAAAAGCAAAAAAUUUUGAGAACAACAAUGACAAAUAUGUUUUGUAAUUAGAAGCUAUUGAAGGGUAACAAGUAACAUAUAUUUUUAUAAAUGAAUAAAGUUUAAAUAUACUUUUAUACAGAGACAUAGGUGAAGAUGAAAAAGCAAAAUGCUAAACAAAUGCUAAAUCAGAAUAACUUUAUUGUAGGUAUUCAACCGAAAAUGCAAUUGUCUAGCUAUAAAUUUGAAUAAUUUUUUUUUUCUCGGAAAGUUGUGAUCACAACAAUAAUCAACUGCAUAACGGAAUGGGAGCAAAUCUUGAAGCCGUUACAAAUGUUGACGAAACACCAGCUUCUAUUGCGUUAUCUUCCGCCUGGAAACCAUCUUAUAAAAUGAUACAAAGAGAUCCUCAAGCAAAAAAAGACUCCUUUUCAGUAUACAACUAGUAAUGUAAUGAAUAGGUUUAGGUAGUCAUAAGCUUAUAAUUUGCGUAAUAGAAAUUUUGACAUUCUGCAAUGGAAAUAAAGGACAAAACAAUCGAUGUACUUCUAUUAUCGAUAUUGUGGCAAUUUUAGUAUAUAUAUAUAUACCCAUUAUUCAAUCAAGCUAUUGUAUAUUUGUGUUUCGCUUUAGCGCAAAGCUAUGUUGCUCUGUUGCCAUUGAUUUACUUCUAAUCGAUCACAAAUAAUAAAAUCGCCCAUACAAUUCCAAUGUGUUUCCUAGAUUACAAGCCAACCUACAAACCAAACAGACAACAUACAUUCCAUCAACAUACUUUUCCAGAAUAACAAGAGUUUUUUUUUUAUACAAAAACAACCAAAACAUCUACGAUUUAAAUUAAUAUACAGAGUUGCCGACUUGUAGAAAUAUAUAUUACAUAAACGCAAACACAAAAAAAAAACACAAUAAAGAAGUAAAGUACAAACGAGCAUAAAUGCUUCAAUGAUGAAUUACAACAACUGAUAUCGAUCGCUACGAAAAGAAAACUAUUUUACCACGAAAUUCUGAACAAAUAGCAAAUAGCAGUUAGAAUAAUCGGUUUGACUAUGGCAAAUUAUUAUUAAAAGAUUAAAUAAAAAAAAAACUGAUAUUUAUGCAAGAAAAA